CCACGGCCGCGACACCGCGUUCAGCGAGAGGGUGCAGCAGCAGCAGCAAGCGGGGAAGGAAAGAAAGAAUCGAGGAGCUGUCACUGGACCAGACACACGUAAAGCUGCACAAAGGGCUACUUCCUUUAAAGGCCGUCGACUCGGAUCGAAAAGCAAGCAGAGUCAUUUAUGACGGGGCGCUGAUUAAUACAGCAUGGAGGAGCCUCCGGCCCGCUACAGCCCCACCCCCGUGGCCGAGUUCCUGCACCGACUGCCGCACAUCAACAUCCUCCUGCGCAAGGUCAAUUCCACCUUCAACCCUUACAACGAGGCGUACCUCGAGGCGUUGGGGCUGUACGCUGCCGUGCCCGCGCUAUGGCUCAUCCUGACACUGUUCAUCCUGCUGGUCUACUUGCUCACUAGAUGCUGCGAUCGCAACCCUCGUCGGAAGCGCAGCAUCACCCCCUGGAAAUGGAUAUUGGGCCUGAUCGCGGUCAUCUGCUGUGGUGCAGUGGCCGUGGGCCUCUACGGAAACGACGACGUCCACAAUGGACUAGUGCAAGUGAUGGCCUCCGUGGCCAGCAUCAAUGAAGUUUUCCUGUCAUCUCGAAACGAGACGGUUUUGGCUGAACAAACCUUGAAUAGACAGGUACAGUCGAUUUUGAAAAACCUGCAGAGCAAAAUCGAAAGCGGUGAUGGCAAUCCUCAACUCAAGAACCAGCUUGGGAUUGUGAUCAGCAAUAUGUUGGGCAACUGCUCGUUGGCCGUUCGCAGCACAAAGAACUUGAUCGGUCCUCUGAAGGGUGCCAGCCUCACCUCUUUUAUUGACGUGCUUCACCUGGGCGAAAUCAUCAGGUGGCCAGUGACCAUGGCAGUUCUAAGCCUGCUGCUUGUUUUCUGCUUCAUUCUGCUGUUCGGAGUCGUCCGCCAUGCCAGAGGAGCUCUCAUUGCGUUUUCUGUGUUUGGUCUCUUCGCAGUCAUCACCACAUACGCCCUGUCUGCUGUAUACUUGGCUGGAUCAAUUGCUCUCGGUGACUUUUGCGUGGCCCCGGACCCAUUCGUCGAAAAGGUGCUCUCAGGCCAAGGACCGUCGAUUCACCGCGAAAUGGCUCACUACUACAUUCAGUGCGACCGGACGGCCACCAACCCCCUGUAUCCUCGACUUCAGACUGGCAUCCGCGCAUCUGACGACCUGGUUUCUGGAAUGAGCCAGUUGAACAAUCUGAUUUACAAUCUGCCGUACGUUGUGCGACCUGAUGAGCUUGUCGCCAGCGUCAAUUUGACCAAGAAAAUCUUCAACCAAUUGGAGCAAAAGCUGUCCUGCCAGAGCAUCAAUAGGAACUACCAAGGAGCAAUUCACGGAAUCUGCGAUUUAGGCUUAAUGGGCUUGCUGUUUAUGCUGGCCUCAGCGGCUGGCGCUGGGAUCUUGUUCACCCUUCUCGUCUGGAUCGACUCUCACACCUGGAUAUACAUCCGCAAGAGGCCCGACUACCUGCAAGUGGACGAGCAAGACCCGUUCUUGGCUGGUGGCCCGAUCCACCAGCCACACCACCCGGCCGCUAUGUCUUCGCUUGGGCGCCGCAGUCAAGGGUCGUAUAGCAGCACUGGCUACUUCAGACCUCGCCACUCCCGCACGCACACUCCCCCACCCACGCCGCCUUACCCUGGAACGCUAAAUGGGCGGCACGCACGCGAGGAAAAGUCCGGUGACUCCUCUCACCACUCUGACAGAUUUACCACAAUGCUUGGACCCAACAAUGGGCAGUACGCGACUCUGAGCAAGCAGUGCAAGACGUUGGAGUCGGCAGACUUCUACUGAGAGCCUGAACGGCCUCAGUAUAUGAUCAGUGAGCUGUAAAAACGGAAGAACCAAUUUCACUACACUCUCAGAAGAGGAAGACAACACACACGACAUGAAUGCGGCGCUGCUCACAGUUUUCAUUUGUAUAAUGUCUUCAUUAUAUAUAUAAUUAUAUAUUCUGAGGCCGUGUUUUUUUACAUAUAAAUUAUGAAAAGAAAACGAACUUGUUAGUGUGGUGUACAGACAGACUGAAUCCUAAUAUUAUGAAUGAGAGAUGAAACAAUGUAGGUGUAAGUAUGUAGAUACACUGCCGCUCUUUUCUAACGUCUUGGUGUUUAUAUUUAGGGUUCUGGAGCAGAACCACAUAGGUUUAGGAUAGCAUUCCACGCUUGUAUUUACCAAUCAUAAUAAACAAACACGUUUGUUCUCUUAA